GACAAUUGACUUUAUAUUGUUUUCAAGUUAACAGCGUGUUAACAGCUAGCAAAGUUCGUUGCAUUAAAUUGAAUAAUAUUUAGUUUGGAAUCUGAUGUGUUACUGAAAGUUUAAUAUACAGUCACUGUGUACCAUCUCUGGUACAGUGAUCAAAGCGAUUCCAGCUCUACGAUGGCUCGAUACGAUGUGUAUGAAACUGGUUUCGAUAAUUUGAAUGAAACUCUGGUGUUUGGCAAGAGAGCUAUUGAUGGCAAAAGUUUGUAUGAAAUUUGUACCCUUGCAGUAAUCACGUCCUCAGAUGCUGUAAACAAGUCUGGCGAAUCCAAAAUCAAAAUAACAACACACUAUAAUAAAGUUAAUGGAUCAGUUUAUUUGGCCAUUGACAACUGUUUGAGAAUACUGAAGAGUAUUGAAGAACCUGGUUUAAUCGCAAUGCAUGAAUUUGAUGAUAAUUUGGAAUGCAUUUCUGUUUCAACAUGUGGACGAUUUCUUCUGCUUUGCACCCAACAUGGUCAUAUAUAUGUGUCAGAUUUAAAUUUGAUUCAAGAUCAGACCACUGAAAAUACGGAAACAGUCUGCUCAGAAUUAUCCUUUAUUUUUACUGAGAAAGUAGAUCAUUCAGCACAGGGGAAUAUAGAAAACUUUUUUCUUACAACAUUUGCAGACAAAACAGCAGAAGUUCUCACAUUUUAUGCUGUUACAUGCGCAGGACUAGUAAAAAAAAUUACUACUAGACUCGAUGAACAUGAAGAAGAACAGUUCGUAUGCGAAUUGGUAUAUGAUGCGAACCAAACUAUUCGCGCCGCUGCUUUUGCAUAUCCAUAUCUGUGCAUGGAAGGAACCGAACUGGGAAUAUUGGAUCUACGUAACAUGGAAUAUCAAUCUGAUGAUGCAUUCGGAAUAAAAACUGUAUAUGCUUCUGGACCCAAUUUUGUUGCUUUUGGUAACAAUGGAAAGAUCUAUUUAAUUGACUCUGCAAGAUGUUUGGUGUUUGGAGUGAAUAAUGCUUUUCCUGAGCGAUUAGACGAGUUUGAAUACUUGUGGUUUAUUGGUAAUGAAGACAACCGAUUAAUGUUGGCCAUAACUAAGCAUCAAAAUAUACAAGCAUUUCGCUCUAUAAUAGAUUCUGAUAGCCUGUAUGAUAUUCAUCUCGAACAUCCAGUCCACCCAAACAGUUACAUGAAAGAAUACGCUGAGGAAAUAGCGUUUGUAUCUGAAGUUUAUAAGAAUGACACCCUAGUGGAAUUACGGCUCCAGAUUAUAACUACUACAGAUCCCAAAUUAAGAGUGCAAAAGUUAAUUAGCCAGGGACAGAUUGACAAAGCUGAAAUGUUUGCUAAGCAGUUUAACCUUGACCAGGAUUGUAUAGGUGAAGCGAAGGCAUUUAACAUCAUCACCAAAAAUGAGUGCACUUCAGAAGACAUUGAUGAAUUGCUCGCAAUUCUUGAUACAAUAAAAAAUGCAGCGACAAAAAUACAGUUUUGUGAUUCAGUAGUAUGUAAAACGGCUAUAGAUACCAGGAGAGUGUUAAGUUAUGCAGCUUCAACUGAAACCACGACUUCGAAAAAUGGUGCAAACUUGCAUCUGUGGAAUACCAACUGUAGUGUUAAACUUCAUAGAUUUGAUACUUAUAUGAGUAUAUACAAAGAAUAUGAUCAAAGGCAAUGGUCAAAUUUUGUCGAGUGCGAUCUUAUUGGGGAACUAAAGACAUUUUUGAAACAGGGAUGCACAGAUAAAGCUAUUCUUUUGGUUCUCAGUACCUUGUAUAGUGAAGAAUUUGCAUCAACGUUAACUGACGAUGAAGUCAAUGAAGUGAUAUCAGCAGUCAGCGAGCCGUCUGUCGAAACGACGAUGUCCUUUUUGAAUGCAUUCAUUCCUCUUGUUCUAAAGUACAAAUCAGACGCUAUGGAAAUACUUAUUAAAUGGGUCUGCAAUAGAAUUAUUCAAAUGGAAGAGAAUGUAGAUUUUCUAGAAUGCGCAAUUACUUUUUUAAAUGAUAUAAACAACAUUAUAAAACAUGCCCCUCCACGAACUCACUUUGAUAAGGCUAGAGAAAAGCUACGGAACUCACUGAAGGCUUUAGAGAAUAUAGAGACGCUGAAUGAUGAUUUCAAUGUACAUUUACCUUUGAAAGAUUGUCUUCAGGGUCCAUAUGCAAUCGUCCCAACACUACUUAAUGUCUGUAUAAUGGGGAAUUUUAAGCCUGAAAAGCUUAGGUUGCUUAUGAAGGAAAUUUUGUAUCCAUUUCUUCUAGAAUGUCAGGAGCAGCCCGAUGAAAUUUUGUGCAACCAAAUAAAGAGUUUUUUUCAGUUUGAAGAGAUUUAUUGGAUGGAUACCGCUUUGGUUUUACUAGAGUUCAUUUCCAGAGUGGAUUAUAAGUUAUCUCUUAUUCAAGAAAUAUUAAUAAAAACCGCAAAGCCAUGGAGUGAUAAAGUUAAACAAAUCGGGUUUCUUGUAUUUGAUUAUCCGACAGUUAAUCCGCUUAGCGAAGAAAUAGCAAAGCUGUUAAAGAACGAGCAGUUUUUAAUUCUGUUGGAAAAGUACAAUAUUAACGAAAACAACUUUGUAACCUUGGAAGAUAAAGAAUUCUAUUUUCGGCGUAUUAUCUAUCUAAAUGGAGAUGACUAUAAUACAGCUUUUAAUGAUGUCCGCCAGCUUUGUGAUCAGAAUGACCAAUUUGAAACUGAUUAUUUAAUGAUGACAGAAUUUGUUCACAAAGGCAGUUGUGAAGCCGCUUUUACAUUAAUGGAUAAAAUGGAGCCGCAUUAUAUGUGCCUUCUCGGUAAAAGACUCCUGAUCGAUAUAUGUUUUAAAACUCGGAGGUUUAUAAAUCACUUCAAGCUUCGAGAAAGACUUUAUAACGCACUUGCUCCUUUAUGGAGCAAGCUGAAGAGACAUUGCAAAAGAAGGCAACUGGAUGAAUUAUUAAAUAGUUAUAAUGCGACUAGAGCUAUGUACUGGAUGCAUACUAAUUUUAAAAUUGAACUUGACUUAGUUCUUACACCAUCUGCAAAGAAAGCAAACAUAGCAACCUUUUUGGUUCAGGUGAUCAACUCGAAAGUGGAAAUUGAAGUUAGUACCCUCAUUGAUCAUUGCGAAAAAAUUUCCAGCUUUUUUGAAGAAACAUUGGACACUGUUCUUCUAGAAUAUAUCAGCAUCUGCCAAAAUUCUCGCAAUACGUUUGUGAAGAUUGGGGAAUAUAUUCUGGAAAGCUCACAAUGUCCUCAACUGUUGACUCAAUGCGCUGUUAAUAUUAUAAAGUGUUUGCAACAAGAAAGCAGCAGUAUGGACAACAAAACAUUUUUGGAUAUGGCCAUUGCAGAAGACGAGAAUUCGUCUAAAGACUUAGAAGAUGCACGCUUAGCGCUGCAGCUUUGUGUGAGAGCUGCACUGUAUAACGAAGAAGAAGACAAGAUAACGUUAUCGGCAAUUGUUGAGGUCAUUCGAUUGAUUAACUGUAUUUGUUGUAACUUGAACUCCUUUAUCGGAGAAUUGGACGAUCUCCAAGUUUCGAAGAAAUCACCCGAUUUAUUUCCACUCACUGCAACAAUCCCAAUGUUGUUCAAUACGUAUGAAGCUAGUAAACAGAAUUUGCCACCUAAUUACUGUUCUUUCUUCAUACCUGAUCGACUGAAGAAUGUGGACAUGAGGGACGAACUAGACACAUUUAUAUGGAAUGCUCGCAUUCUCUUGAAUCAAAAGCAAGAAUUUAAUGUAAUCAAUAUGAUCAGAUUAGUGCAGCAGACGUCGAUAAUUCUUCCGGAAGAUCAGAAGGGAGUUUUGGAACCACUAAAAAAAUUUCUGCAGGAAUCAGUUUUGCCUCAGGCCAUCGAAACCCUUCUUGAAAAGAACUAUGGGCAUAAAAAUAUUAUUUUUCAAUUGAUGUUGUUAUACGAUAACGAAUCAUUUCAUGAAAUUAUUCUGAAAUAUUUUCGAUUGUAUAGGAAAAGUCCAACAAAAAUACGUACAAUGGCACAAAUCAGCCUAGAGGUUCUAAAUAGUAAAGAUAUUCAGUUUGAUAAAACAUUGCUUGUGAGUGUUAUGAACGCGUGCAAAUGGUGGUCUAGAUUCAGUGGUUUAAAAAUGAGUUUUGAGGCUUUUAUCACUGCCACUCCUAAGGAACGAUUAGAGGCUUUGAUGAAGGCAGAAAUAGUGACAGUAGAGCACUUGCCGGAAUAUUGUGCAGAUUUUUGUAUAGAAUUGGAGUCCUGUUAUUUUAAGUAUUUAAAGACGGUUUUAUUGAAUUGGCGACCGAACAUAACAUAUACUACCGAAAUCAAUGGCAAGCGAAGCCUUAAAAUACAAAAUUCUGAAGAAGAACUAUUGGAAAAAUGUGACAAAGUUUUGGCCUGCAUAUCUAAUACGAAGGGAGUUGUCAAUUCGACGGCAAAGUUGUGGAACUCGGUGAAUUUCUACUACUACGAAGUUUACUUGGCUUUGUUGCAAAUAAAUCAGAAAGUAGCCUCUUCCAGCGGAUCUAUUUCAGAGCUAUACCAACCUUUGAUUUGUUUUCUCAAAAAAUAUAGACGUGUUAACAAACCGACCAGCACAGAAGUCGAGAUGUGGUGUGGUGCAAAUCCGCUCAAGCCACUCAUCGAUUCUCUAUCAGAAUUCAGACUGCCCCUGACAAGUACAUUUUUAUCAAGUGAUAUUUGGAACAUUAUAAAGCCAGAAGUUAAUCUCGAUACCUACAAGCAAUGGUUUAAAUUAUCAGAUUAUCUGAGUCAGUAUCUGAAGAAACAUGACAUUUGCUUUUAUGCAAUUACCAGUCCAAUAUCAAGUGGAAUAGUAGAUACAACUAGCUCAACUUGGGAAUUGUCUUUGAAAUUUGACUAUUUAUUGCCGAAGAUUGAAGACUGUGCAAACAGUAUGGACAACCUGGAACAUGCAACAGCAGCCGUUUAUAAUCUUAUGUGUCAAAUGCCUAACGGUGCUGAUAAAGUGGAAUUAGCAAAACUGAGCUAUAAGUUUGCGAAGUUGUAUUGGGAGUCUGACAUUAACCAAUCGGUCAAGCAAACUUACGUAAAGGUGAAGCAAAGAUUUUUUAAUUAUUCAGCAAGUCACAUUCUUCAUAAAUAUCAGCUUGCUCGUGUUAAAUAUUUAGGGCUAGUCGCUAAACCUUCGGAUUUAAUAACAGAGCUCUACAAUGAUCGCAGUAUAGAAUCUUUCUACAAUAAUGCAGUGAAUCAAUGCCCUGGCAUUAACAGUGCUGUUGAGGAGCUGUGUAUUUUAUUCCAGUUAGACGUUCUGGAAGAAUGCACGCGAGUCUUGGACGAGUUUUUAAAUUGUGAUUUUCGAUUGACUUUGGGUUGUCCACGAUUACAACAGGAAAAUCUCAUAAGGGCAACGUACUUAUGCAAGGGUAAACAUUUUGACCACUGGCAGAAUUAUCUCAUGAAGAAAGGAUUAGAUAAUUCCGAGGAUAAUGAGAUACUGAGAGCAAAUGCAUUGAGGUGCUUUUAUUAUAUAAGUUCUUUAAAAACAAUUGAAGAAACGUGCCAUAUGACUCACAAUGAGUUCCUCAACUACUUAAGUAAAGUAUCGAUUCUGGCUAAAUUAGUAAACAUUGGAGUACAAUGUAAAUCUGUGAGUGAGCUCGAUAAAGAAAACAAAAAGCGAUUGCUUAGAAACCUAUCAAAAUUGAACACCCGGUUGGCUGUUCAAUGUGUCGCUAAUAUAUGCAAAACUUACGAGUUUAGUAAUAUGAAAUAUUGGCAUUAUGUAGUUAGUAUGGCCCGUCGGUUUCAAAUGUAUGAUGAUCUACGGGAUUACUUAGAGUUUCUGAGCAACAGGCAUGUAAGUGAAAACAUAAAAAAUGCUUGGUAUGUAGUUCUCGAUCACGAAUUCAGCAAUUUCAAAUGGGAUGCUAUAUCGCAAGCUGAAAUAUAUUUGUUAAUACAGAAUUGCCCAAUUUUUGAAUUGGACCUCGAACCAUAUAUUGAGAAAUGCAUUAAUCGGAAGAGACUGGACUUAGCCAGCAUACUGAAGAUAAGCAAGUGAAAUUAUAACGGAUCUGUGGAAACCCGUAAAAUUAUUUGUAUAUUAUUAUAAAUUGAUCCUUGAAAAAAACAUUAUUUUUUUGUAUUCUAACAGUUAAAUAUUAAAUACAUUUUUGAAAAUUACACAAGACCUUGGAUGGUUGUA